AUGACAACCUCUCGGUCUCUAACCCCCCCCACCAACCCCACCCCACCCCGACUCAUGAAUGUGUCAUUACCCCCAACCAAACCCCGAGACCACACCCAACCCAACCCCACCCGCCGAACACUAGUACCCGCGCCCCACACAAAACAACCCCCCACCCCUCUCCCCCCCCCCACCCUCCACAACCCCACCCAACCUCCCCCACAACACACACACUUAACCGCACCAACCCUCCCAACCCACCCACCCGAACCGGACGCCCACCCCCCACCCUCCAACUCCAACCCACCCAACUCCACCCAACCCCCUCCUCCCACCAACACACCCCCCAGCCGCGACCCCCCCCCCCACUCCACCCCAACACACCACCCUCCUACCCAACCCCCCUCACCCCAACCCCCCCCCUCCACACACGACACCACCACAAAACCCACAACUCUCCACCUCAUCCAACCACCCGCCCACCCUAACCCUCAACCAACCCUAAAACACAAUUACCCGUCUAUCACCUAUCACCCCCCACCAGACCAAGUCACCACGCCCGCAUGCCCAGCCCAACUCUAG